AUGGCCUACGUGGACCUGGGCUACUCAGCUUUCGAGCGAAGCGACGAGUUCUUCCACCCCGAAACCGGAUGCGUACUUACACUUCACUACGGACCUGCCAAUGUUCGACAUUACAUGGGUGGGAAUUACCAGGAUACGCGUCCCGUCUUGAGAAGACCCGAAGACCUUCUUUUCCGCAUCACUCAUCCAGCAGGCUACUCUUGGGACGACUACGCAUCGGGACCAGAGCAAAUGGAGAUGAUCAUCGGACUGGCGAAGAGAGACAACCCCUGGGACCGCUGGAUCGUCAGAGGAGACGUUCCCGGCCACGGCAGGAUCGCGGUCGGCACACUGGACCAGCUACGGUAUCACUGGAAUGAGCUUCUCCCCGGUGUCGCGCCGGGAACUCUUACGGCCCACCAGCCUCCCCAGGCAGGUACUCGAGCUCAAGCAGCCAAAGCCCGUGUCGUCCAAGAUCGCAUCAGUCGUGGCGGAGCUGCACAGGCGCAAAUUCCUCCAAUUGACCCGGCUGUCGUGGCGAGACAGCGACUUGGAGGUCCAGGCACGGCCUUUGACCAAGCAUAUCCUGGUGUUCAGCUUCCGCCACCUGCGCCGCAACAAGGACUUGGAACGAACGUGGGGGCACCUCAAAUGCAUCAACCCCAGCAGCACGUUCAGCCUGCUCUGCCUCCGACUCAUCAUCCUCUUCCACCCCAACAGCAACAGGCCCAUGUGCAAGGUGGCCAGGCGUAUCAUACUACGCAGCAGGGCCAUGUCUUUCCACCGGUCGCCAACCAGUUUCUUCAGCCGAGCUUUCCUCCCGUCGCGACUUCUCACCAACAGCCGGCGCAGCUUCAACACCAGCAGCAAGCUCACGACGGUCAUCAGGGUCAAGACCAAGAUGACGAUUUGAUCGACCCCUUCUUGUGGGCUGUCCAAGCGGGACAACUGGCCGGGCAACAGCCAGACAACAACCCUGACACUGGGGCGGACCAUGGAUACAGUCAACAGUAG